AUGUCAGACCCUUCGAACUGUACCGUAAAAUGGAUCUGCUCGUUACGUUUUGUAUCCCAGCAGGAUACCAACGACUAUGCACCAGGCAGAAUUGGGGAGCAUAAUGUUGUUGUCGCCGUCUUGCCUGAUGGUGAAUAUGGGACAGCUUCCGCCGCAAACGUACCAACAAACAUUCUGAGUAGCUUUCCCAAUGUGACAAUAGGCCUCAUGGUUGGCAUCGGCGGUGAUGCACCAAGUCAGAAGUAUGAUAUUCGCCUGGGCGACGAAGUAAAGGGAAACCCUAUCGAACAGACGUUACUUCUUGAGAAAAGCGCUUAUAUCGAGUCAAGCGAUAAGGAUAGCCGUACGCCGCUAUCGUGGGCUGCAGCAUAUGGACACAAGGCUGUCGUUCGGCUACUUCUUGAGAAGAAUGCUGAUUUCGAAUCGAAAGAUGAUCAUGGCCGCAUGCCGCCAUCUUUUGGCUACAGAGGAGGUGCCAUCGUGGGUUAA